CACCAAAUAGACAUAGGAUGGUGAGAUCAGCCGGAUCUGUACAUACUAGCCACUACUAAAUUGCCCUGGCAUCCUAAGACGAUCCACCCGGUCGUUGAAGGCUUCAUUGCGGAGCUACUAUCAGGAGUAAGCUAUCACCGAUGAAGUAGCUACAACACGACCUCCCUCUACAUCAAAAUGCCAUCCAAAAUGGCGUCCUUCUUCCAAACCCCCUCACUAGUCUACACCUCCGCCAUAGCUCUCCGCGCCAUCCUCCUCAUCUACGGCGCCUGGCAAGACGCCAACUCCGCCGUCAAGUACACCGACAUCGACUACCUCGUCUUCACCGACGCAGCCCGCUACGUCUCGCACGGCGCCUCGCCCUACGAACGAGACACUUACCGCUACACGCCUCUCCUAGCAUGGCUGCUCCUCCCGACCUCCUGGUCGGGCCCAUCUUUCCUCUUCUCCUUUGGAAAAGCCCUCUUCGCCCUCUCCGACGUCCUCGCCGGAUGGCUCAUCGCCAGAUCCCUCGUUUCCGCGUACGGAAUGGAUGCCCCCCGCGCCCUGAAGUACGCCAGCUUCUGGCUACUCAACCCCAUGGUCGCGAACAUUAGCACUCGAGGGUCCUCGGAAGGACUGCUCGGCGUGCUGGUGAUCGCCCUGCUGUGGGCUGUUCUCCGCAGGAGGGUCGUUCUUGCAGGUGUGCUGCUGGGUUUGAGUGUGCAUUUCAAGAUCUACCCGUUUAUCUACGGGGUGUCGAUUCUUUGGUGGCUGGAUCGGGAACGUGAUGGCAGCAGCAGCAGCACAUCUAAGAACAAUGCUGGCGAUGCCAGUAUCAUCACCAAGAUGAUCAACUUCAUCACUCCCUCCCGCAUCAUCCUCACCCUCUCCUCCCUCAUUACCUUCUCCCUCCUGAACCUCCUCAUGUAUCACCUCUACGAUACCCCCUUCCUGCAACACACCUUCCUCCAUCAUCUUACUCGCAUCGACCACCGCCAUAACUUCUCGCCUUACAGUACCCUCCUCUAUCUCUCUGCUGCGGGCGAGGUGCAGGGCAAUUUUGAGUCGUUGGCGUUCAUCCCGCAGUUACUCCUCUCUGUUGUGGUUAUUCCGCUUGUGCUGGCGAAGAAGAGUUUGCCUGGGGCGAUGCUUGCGCAGACGUUUGCGUUUGUGACGUUCAAUAAGGUUUGUACGAGUCAGUAUUUUCUAUGGUACCUUAUCUUUCUACCAUUCUAUCUACCCCGUUCUUCGAUGCUGAAAGCUCCGCGGUUUGGGGGGGCAGUUGCGGCGGCGUGGGUUGUUGGGCAGGCGCUGUGGUUGCAACAAGGGUAUAAUCUUGAGUUUUUGGGGCUGAGUAGCUUUGUGCCUGGGUUGUUUUUGGCUUCGCUGGGGUUCUUUGCGGUGAAUGUUUGGAUUUUGGGGAUUAUUGUAGAGGAUGUUGGGGCUUGUUAGUUGGGGUUUUUUUUUUCUGUAUGUUAUGUGUUAAAUGGUGAGGGUUGUGUUGUGUUGGAGGGGAGAUGUGUAAUUAGUUAGGGAUUAUUGUGUGCGGUACUAAGUAGAUAUGUUAAAGUAUUGGGUUGGGG